AUAACAAUUUUUAAGCAUUAGACCAAGAAAUUUUAUUAUUAUUUGUAUACUUAAAGAGAUUUUAAGUUUAAUUUAUAUAUUUUUAUAUUAAAAUAUAAAAGUUAUUUUAUUUUUUAAUUUCAUUGUGAUACAACAUUCUCUUUUAUAUUAUUCAGUUUAAUUCUAGUUUAAUUUAUUUUAUGUAUGUUAAAACAUAACCUAACAUAAUUCCAAUUAUUUGUCAACACUCAAGUAAAUAUACCAAAAAAAAAUAUUUAAAUAUUUAUUAAAAGCAAAUUGCUUUUAAAAAAAGAAAUAAACCAAAUAAUAUUGUUUAAUUCUUAAGAUAACUAAAGAACUCAUAACCUCAAAACAAACCAAGUUAAAACUAAAACUAUAUAUUUUAACAGUAUUUAUUUUAAAACACAUUAUUCCAUUUUAAAGACUUUAAAUAUCGUUUUACAACAGCAAACAUGUUUCGUUUUACCGACUUUUUAUGGUAUUUGAAACCAAAAUUUCAUUUUAUAUUUAUAAGCUGCCUUUUAUUGUUUCUCAAUUUAACACCCUCUACAUUGGCUUGUUCUAGUCGUUCUUUACCCAAGCCCCGGCCCAUUAAUGCCCCCACCACCACUAGGGCACCCUCGACUACCACUGCACGCACUACUACCACCACCACAACCACCACUACCACACCCCGACCCAACAUAACAUUUCCCACUUUUAAAUGCCCGGCCAAUUAUGAUGCCUGGUACUGUUUGAAUGAGGCCACGUGUUUUACCGUCAAAAUUGGUGAUUCCAUUAUGUAUAAUUGUGAGUGUGCCAAUGGUUUUAUGGGUCCACGCUGCGAGUACAAAGAACUCGAUGGUUCCUAUGAACCCAAACGUCCCAGACCCAUACUCGAAAAGGCCAGCAUUGCCAGUGGUGCUACUUGUAUUUUACUCUUCUUGCUAUUCGUUUGCUUAACGCUCUAUUUACGCUACGAUCAGAAGUCUUCAAAGAUCAUGUAUGAGGAAUAUAAUUAUUCAUCAUCACGCACCUAUAACAAUUGUCGCUUUUGUACGGAUAAACACUGUUGCUCGGCCGAUGACUCGAAUAAUGAUAUGAAAUUCUUAUUAAAUGCCGAUAAAGAUGGCAAAGUUUCUUGGAUUAGGCAACAUAUUGAUGCAUUUCCUAUGGGAUUUUCAACAAAACGUUUUAAUAAAUUGUAAAGUGGAGAGAGGAGAGAAGAAGUGUUAUUGAGAUUGGUUUAACAAAAAAAAAAACGGGCAGCUUAUAAAUUUUGUGGUUUUUUUAUGGUAUUUUGCUAAUUUUUCUUUAAUUGGUAGGAGUCUUUUAAUGGGUUUUAUAUAUUCCCACACUGUUCUGUAACGUUUUUAAUAGGGAUUCACACAUUUUAGUGUUUUACUUUCGAGUAAAAAAAACCUGUUUCAAUGUUCAAAAUGGUGCGAUUUGCAGAAAUUUUUCGUUUUGGAAAAUCUUUCAUUUUUGAAUCCACUUGAUUUACAGAACAUGAGCUAAUAUUUGAUAAUACAAGCAUUUCAAAUUAAAGCUCUAAUAAGUAGAGAUAACAGAAAGGAUUUUAGGAAGAAAACAUAUUGUUUUUUAGUAAAAAAAAGUUGCCCAGAUAUUCUGUAUAGCGGCAAAAAAUGUUGCCCUAACUCUAUCAAAAUGUUACAUCUUCAAACUAAUUUCAAGAUGGCAAUACAUGUUACAUAUUUUGCCCCUAUGCAGUGCAAAAUUGCUACUGCAUUCUUAUCAGAAAAGAACAGAAAACGUUUUUAAUGGAAAACGGGCAAAAUUUUUGCGAAGGCAAGUGAUUUGUUAGGAAUUUUAACAGGUUAUUCAAAUGUAAGGUUAUAAAGUAAAUUGACUUAAAAACGAAAAAUUUUUUAUGUAGUAAUAUGGAAAUUUAUAAUGGAACACACUUUUUAAUGGCAACAUUUUUGCCAGAAGGCAAGUAAUUUGAUAGAAAUUUUAACAGGUUAUGCAAAUGUAAGGUUAUGAAGUAAAUUGGCUUAAAAACAAACUAUUUUUUAAGUAGUAAUAUGGUAAUAAAUGGGUAAAUGUCCAACUUAAGCAAGUCGGUCGACUUUCAGCUACGAUUUUCAUAUUUCAGAUCGUCAGUUGUUUGUGUUAUGUUCACGUAAAGCCGGUCUUUCAAAUGGCACAGAAAAAAUAGUCCAGCGGCAUUUAAUUACAAGAACGAGACGGUCAAUUGACCUUGAUAUUUCUAGAAAUUGCGCGACCUGGAAUUAUUUGGCCACGUGUUGGACUGUCUUGCUCAAACCAAAGAUCACUGAUGUCGUAAGCAUUAGUUUGUUUACAUACCACAUAAUUGAAAAUUAGUCUCAUCCGAUAAAGAUGAUUUUGUGGAAAAAUGCAUUUUCUUUCAGUUUUUCAAACAGCCAAUUCACAAACGUUCCUUGCGUCCAAAGCGUGCCAUGGUUAAAAUUUCCUUAUUUUGUACUAAAUAAGUGUCAAAGGAUGACAGCCAAAUGCUGGAAAUUUUAUCUUUGUGUCAACCAAUUUACUUUAUAACCUCAAAUUAGCCCAACCUUUACUAUAAUCAAAAAAGAAAUCCUUACAGUUCAUACAAAAUCGCAAGAACACACAAAAUGUUUAGAAAUACAAAUAAUUUGCAUUAUAAAACAGAAUUCCUGCCAAUUUUCUGUAUUUAAAAUGUAAGAUCCUUAAUAAACAAAUCACAUUUGCAAAUGAUUUUAAAUCAUUUUGAUGUUGAUAUCGAUUUUGCAUCACAUCUGUCAUUAAAUGUUUGUUAUUUAGAUUUAAAUACCAAAUCAAAUUCUUCUACAAACUUCUAAAGACUAGCAAAUACCAAAUAAAACCAACAUAAUUAGCAGCCUUACAAACUAACUCAAUGUGAUAUGUUUAGAUGUAACAAAAAGAAAUCAAAUUCCAGAAAAGAUAACGAUUAUAAAAUAAUAUAUACUUAAAUCUUGCUAAAAAUUAACAAAAUAUUGCCUUUAAAGUGCUUUAAACUUAAAACACACAACAAACCCCAUUUUGUUUUGGUGUAAAUAACCAACAUCAAACUUAAAUAUAUUUUUUUUAUUAUAUUAAAAGAAAACCACUAACAAUGUUUUACCUAGGCAUGCUACAGACUCGAAUCUAACUAAAUUAAGUUUUUACGUCCUGUUUUUUGUUUUAGCUAGUAAGUUUUAUUAAUUUAUAUUAAUUAUACAACAUUUUUUUUUAUAUAUUUUCACACUACACACAAAAGUAUUAUUUAUAUAUUAUUGAAAACGAAAAACCAACAAAAUUAUUGCACUUUGCUAAAAUAAAAUUAAAACAAAAGAUUUAAAUAAAAAUUAUUAUGUUAACAAAAAUUCAACUAAAAUAUA